CCUGCAAAUGGCGGCGCGGAGGUGAGGCUGGGGCAGGCGGGUGGUGCCGUCAUGGAGCACAUCACCACACCGAAGGUUGAAAAUGUGAAGUUACUAGAUCGUUACACAAACAGAAAGGCAGCAAAUGGGACAUUGUACCUGACAGCCACCCACUUGAUCUAUGUGGAGGCUUCUGCUGAAGUCAGAAAAGAAACAUGGAUUCUGCAUCACCAUAUUGCAACUGUAGAGAAACUGCCUCUGACCACAGCUGGGUAUCCACUCCUCAUCCACUGCAAGAACUUCCACGUGGCUCACUUUGUCAUUGGGCAGGAACGUGACUGUCACGAAGUGUUUACCUCGCUGCUUAAGCUUUCACAACCAGUGAGAGCUGAAGACCUUUAUGCUUUCUCUUACAAUCCCAAAAUGUCUAAAGAGACCCGGGAGAUUGGCUGGAAGCUGAUUGACCUAAAAGUGGAUUACCAACGGAUGGGAAUUCCCAACCAGUACUGGGAGAUAACGGAUCUUAACAAAGACUAUGAGGUUUGCAACACUUACCCUCCUGAAAUCGUGGUGCCCAGAGCUGCUAACCAGACGGUGGUGACUGGGAGCUCCCGGUUCCGAAGCAGGGGGCGGAUUCCGGUGCUUUCCUACCUAUAUAAAGAAAACAAUGCUGCCAUAUGUCGCUGCAGCCAGCCCCUCUCUGGCUUCAGCGCGCGCUGUCUGGAGGAUGAACAGAUGCUGCAGGCCAUCAGAGAAGCCAACCCUGGGAGCUCCUUCAUGUAUGUUGUAGACACAAGGCCAAAGUUGAAUGCCAUGGCCAACCGAGCAGCUGGGAAGGGCUAUGAGAAUGAAGAUAAUUAUGAUAACAUCUGCUUUAAAUUUAUCGGCAUAGAGAACAUCCACGUGAUGCGCAGCAGCCUGCAGAAGCUCCUGGAAGUGUGUGAAAUGAAGUCCCCCUCGAUGAGCGAUUUCCUCACUGGGCUGGAGAACUCAGGUUGGUUACGGCACAUUAAGGCUGUGAUGGAUGCAGGUGUCUUUCUUGCCAAGGCUGUGAGAGAUGAAAACGCCAGCGUCUUGGUCCACUGCUCCGAUGGGUGGGACCGCACCGCACAGGUCUGCUCCCUGGCUGGCCUCCUCUUGGAUCCCUUCUACAGGACUUUCAAAGGCUUCAUGAUCCUCAUAGAAAAGGAAUGGAUUGCAAUGGGCCACAAAUUCUCUCACAGGUGUGGCCAUUUGGAUGGUGACCCCAAAGAGGUGUCCCCUGUCUUCACACAGUUCAUUGAAUGUGUCUGGCAGCUCAUGCAGCAGUUCCCCUGCGCCUUUGAGUUCAACGAGCGUUUCCUGCUUGAAAUCCACGACCACGUCUACUCCUGCCAGUUUGGCAACUUCCUGGGCACCUGCCACAAGGAGCGCCAGGAGCUGAAAAUCUUUGAGAAGACCCACUCUCUCUGGCCUUUCCUCUUACAGAAGAAGCAGGAAUUCAGAAAUCCUUUGUACAGAGGAUUUACAGCCUACAAAGAGCUUCAGCCAAACACUCUGCCUUUCAGUUUCCAGUUUUGGUGUGGGAUGUACAAUCGCUUUGACAAAGGAAUGCACCCAAAACAGCCUGUGCUGGAUCAUCUGCUGAGCUGCAUGAGCCAGAAGAUGAAACUGGAGGACAAUGCAUCUGAACUGGAAAAUAAACUUCCUUUCCUUGAUGGUCCUUUGGGCAGUGAAGCUUGCUCCCUACCAAAAGCAGGGCGUGCUGCUUCCAAAACCCCAAUGCUCAACACUCCUCAGGAUUACGAAGGGGAGCCACCUCCUGCCUUGAGCAAUGGUGCUUCAGAAGGAGAUGCUCAUCUUCUGCCAGGUGUGGAACAAAAGCACAAGGACAGCCUGUCCCAUCACCAGGAGGACCUGAAUGAUCUUAAUGACUCCACUGAGGUUUUAGGCCCUGAAGCUAAGGAUGGAAAGCUGCAGCACCAUUGACCAGCCCAGAACUCUGUCCAGCGCACCAGAUGUUUGUGGUGAGGUGUGAGGGAGCUGUGCCCCUACCAGGUUGGAGAUGCCUAACCUGUGAGAGCUGUGAGUAGGUGUGUUUGCAGGGAGCUGUGCUCCUGGGGAGAAAAGUCUGCACAUGGGUUGGUUUGCAUUGUUUGGCAGCUAAAAUGAUGAGGAGCUGCCCAGAAGGCUGCUCUUGAGUUGGUGUAAACCUCACUUCUCAGUGGACACACAAGGUUUGCCUGCCAGGAUUGGUGCUUCAAGCUGAAAGAAACCUGGGAUGAAAGAAGUCUUAGGAGCGGCUGGAGGAGGAGGAAAGAUGCAACCUAUUUAUUCCUGAUGGUCCAAGACCAUCUUAAAAUGAUAUAAAAAAAAUAGUUCAUCUUAAAAACAAAAAACAACCCCAUCCCUUCUCUUAGCUGUGAAAGAGUCAGUGCAUGGACCCUCACCUCGUGGCAGAACUGAUUUGUCUCAUGGUUCCUAUGCAGAUUUGUUAAGCAAAACCAAACCCCCCUGUGCCUUUUUACUGAGACCAGUUUGAUGUCCAGCCACCCAACCUACUGGUUUUAUUGGUGUAGUCUAGAGUGCAGUGUUUGGUCUUUGUUGGAGUCAGUAUUUUUAGGUAAGGUUUUUAUCUGCUGCCAGCUUCUCCAGGAUCUUUGCAGAUCCCCUGAGUUUUAGCAGCUUCUUUCUAAGCAGACCUUUCAAAGAAUAAGCUUUUAUGGACCUCGUUUACUGUUUGUGAGGGUGCAGCAAGCCCCAGAGACAACCUGAGACAGAGGGACUCUUGAUUAGAAGUGAGAAGAAGAGAGGAAAAUGUUAUAUGGAGAU